CCAAUCUUGGACUCCAAAUCGAUUAAGCCAUAUGCGUAUAGAGUCGCCGAGAAUGGGCUUGGGUGGGAUUCAUCUUCAUGCUUAGUAUUAUUGGCAUGUGCGCUAGGUGCAGUUGCGGCCCCAUUUGAUCCAAGGACCGGACCUCUUGACCAACACCAGUCGACCCCGGCGCAUGUUAUCGAAAGUGAAAAGGUUGUAGCGAAGAACUCUUAUCAGCUUGCCUGUCGAAGGCUCAGUCUUUUGGGUCGGAGCCUCCUCGCCUCCCAAUGCUACCUUCUAUCUGGAAUUUAUCUCAUGUACACGAUACGCCCUCUGGAAGCAAGGUUUCAUUUUCACCAAGCCUCGUCGAUCUACGCCAUCUACCUUAAAGGCCAAGUCGCUCUUCAGCAACGGAGGGAACUUGACGGCCAGCUUCUGGGGUCAGCCAAUCGCCGGCUAGAACAGCGCUUGUAUUGGACCUGCUUCAAAUGGGAAUGGUAAAAACUAUCUAAUCAGGAAGGGCUCAAUGCUUACGCAUCACUGAAACAGUGAAAUUCACGUAGAGCUAGAUCUUCCCGCAUCAGAGCUCGCAACAUUGGCGUAAACUCACUACCUAUACGAUCGACUUGGUAUUCAUAUAACCUUCCAUCCUCCUAUGGCCAACUUCAUAUCUCCUCGAUUGUUCCCUACAGUUUUCCUAUAUGACACAUGGCGGGAAAAUGGUUCUAAAACCCUCUCAAACACGCGAAUCACCGGAUGCGGCCGUUGGUGACACCCUAUUAGCUGUGCUCCCUCAAGAUGAGCGUCCAUGGUGGAAGAAACUUCAUCUGCUCAAGCUCAAUCUUAUCUUGCUGAACUGCAUUUACUCGCUUCUGCAAAUGGUUAUGAUGGCACCAUGAUGAAUGGUCUCCAGGCUUUACCUCUAUUAGUCAAUACUUCACCAGCUUUUAUACAUCUCCUAUCUUAUUUUCAGUGACUUAGCGAACCCAUCACCACACCGUGACUCU